AUGCUAUCCUCUCGAAUUCUUUGGGCGACUACACAUCAAGGUUCUCUAUGGGUGACAAAUGAAGAGACUCAACUUCCUGAAACCCAAAUUGAGGAGGAUAAUAAUCCUACACCAACUAAAAAUGAUAGCAAUCCUACAGCAACUAAAAAUAACAACAUAGAAGCCACCAGUUCAACUCAAGAUGCUGUGAAUAAAAGGAAAGGUAGAUCUCCUGCUUGGGAACAUUUUGAAAAGAAAGAAAUUCGUGGUCAAAUGAAAGCUGUGUGCAUUCAUUGUAAGAAUACCUUAGGCGCAAAUAACAUGAGACUAGACAUUUACUUGAUCAUGUUUAUAUAUGUUCCAUGUCCACACACGACGGAUGUACUUGCUGAUGCUUUAUUGGAAUGCAUGUUCGAAUGGAAUCUUGACCAUAAGUUGUUUACCUUAACUAUAGAUAAUUGUUCUACAAAUGAUUCCAUGAUUGCGAUAGUGUUAGAUAAGAUUUUCUCUAGUUCACUUAUGUUAGAUGGACGUUUAUUCCACAUGUUGUGUUGUGCUCAUAUUCUAAAUUUGGUGGUGAGAGAUGGCUUAGAGCAUCGUGAGCCGUUGUACAAAGAAGUGCCUAGUGAAAGUGAUUGGGCAAAGACAAAGGAGCUUGUUGAUAAGUUGGCCAUGUUUUAUGAUGUGACUGUACUUUUUUCAAGGACUAAGUAUCCUACUAUCAAUCUUUACUUUAAGAAUAUUUGUGCUAUUAGAUUAGCAAUUUAUGAUUGGCUUAAUUCUGAACAAGAAGAGGUGCAAGCAAUGGCAUUACAUAUGCAAACAAAGUUUGAGAAGUAUUGGGAUACAAUGCAUGGUUUGAUGGGAGUUGCAAGUAUUUUGGAUCCAAGGCCAUCUAUGCCUAAAGUUGAUUUGGUAAAGCAAUUGGAUGUGUUUGUUUCUCACUCCACUACCCAUGGACAUAUUAAAUAUGAGUUGGAGCAUUAUUUAGAAGAGUCUCUUUUACCUAGGAAUGAUGAUGAUGAUGAUUUUGAUAUAUUGUGUUGGUGGAAAUCAAAUUGGAUCAAAUAUCCUACUUUGCAUGAUAUUGCUAGAGAUAUUUUGGCCAUUCUGGUAUCCACAGUUGCUUCAGAGUCUUGCUUUAGUACUAGUGGAAUGAUUAUAAGCCCUCGUCGUAGCCGGCUUCAUUAA